UUUUUUAGGUUAUGUGGAUUUAUUAAUUUUUUUUACAGUACUGUAAUUUAAUUGUUUAUAUCACCGUAAAGAAGUGAAGAUUUAGUGAAAUUUAAUUUCAGAUAUAGGAGCUAUUAUGGACUAAGCAGUAUCGCAAACAUGAUAUAGAAAAAGAGUAGUUCAAAGGACUGGAUGGAGGGCAAUUUUAAUAAUAAUUAUCCAACUACAGAACAAUUGAUUGUCAAGCUAAAUAACAGUCAGUUAACUAUUUGACACCGAAGCAAUGAGAAGCGCGAACUAUAACAGUGAAAUGGCUCAGGUGACGUUGGAUCAGGAGAAGAAGCUGGUUCAGGAGAAUUUGGAUCAGAUCAUCACCAUCCCAAGCCAGGAGGAUGAGUUCGUUUCGCCUCCAAAUAAUCGGGUUAAAGCAGGCUCCAGUAGUGGAAUCAGAUGUGUCAUGGAAGGGCUUAAAUGGGGCGUGGCAAUUAUUGUUGUAGCUGGCGUUUUCUAUGCCCUUUAUGCUGUUGUUGAUUUGAUUUCUGUACGGAAGCAGUACAUUGAUGCCAACAAUACAGUCUACAGCAACAUUUUCAACAACGCCACCCUCGAGUCCAACAACGUAACGAUCAACCCCAACAAUGAGACCCUCCACUUCAGCGUUGACGGUGCCUCAAAUGCUUCAUCAACAAUCAACAUGACCAUGACGUGUGAAGAUUGCGAAGAGAACAAAACCGAAUUCAAUAAUUGUGGAGCUGAAAGGAUCGCAGAUGAUGAUUGCAUGAACGGGGAGAAAAACAAUGCUAAUGAAUAUCAUGCUUCAAGGCUUGAAUCUGGUUACCAGUAUAGUGCGAUGCAGAUUUUCAGGAAGGUUUUCCUGGAGUUACUCAGAUGGACGGCCAUUAUAGCAGGAAUGGUGGCCAUCAUUUACAUAUUCUCCCUUAUUUGGGACUUGGCUUUUGGCUCCAAGCGCUAUCCGACCGUGGAAGGGGUGCACGUUGGCCAUUUUUGAGGUGUUCUUUCCCUUUGAAGCAACCGUCCAACAUUUUCUUAGUUUAUAGUGUGUUUUUUUAUAAUUUUUUUAAAGUUACCCUAUAUUAAACGUUGGGAAUUGCUUAAAUUUAUCAUGUAUUUAAGAUCUUUCGAAAGGGUGAAUAUAAUUCUUAGCGUCUUAACAUGGGGGUACCAUUAAGGGUUAUUUAGGAUAAGAUAAUGUUCUUGGGUAGACAAUAAAUCUAUAAAAUCGUCCUAAAAA